AUGAAGCCCCCAAGCUGUGCCUCCCAGCUCAACACUCAGGCUCCUGUCAUGAUGCAUGCCCUCUCGGAUACCCAGGUGGAGGUGGAUUUUAUGAUUUUGGACUAUCUCACCUGUCUUGCAAUUGAAAGCAUCCUUGUGGCCAUUGAGAGGCGAACUCAAGGCCAAGCUAUCGAGGAAGAUGCACUGAACUGGCAGGUUGACUCGCUGAAAGGCUUUCGGUCGUUGCUGGCAUCAAGCCACAUAGAGGUCCCACUGCCCCAGGAUCUAACGAUCAAAUUGCAAUUGCUCACUGUGGCGGACCAGCUUCGGCAUUACACGACGGAGGGGGACAGUCACUCCGCCAGCCACCCGCGACUACCGACCAUAGGAAUGGCAUUCAUGGAUCUUUGUCUCACCGCAACUGAAAAGGUCUCAGAAACACGGUGGUUUGACACAGGUGCCCGUUUCAUAGUCCAAGCGUUACUGGAAAACCAAUACGAAGGAAAUCAAUCCCCCGAGGACCUAUCCAAACUUUGUUCGUGGGCCCCAAGCCAACCUGCGCAGAGUUCGAAAUGGUUGAGCAUCCGGCAAAGAUAUGACGGUGAAAUAUCGGAUAUAAGAGAACCCCACCGGGCAAAAUUGGUGGCACAAAAAUAUCCAUUCCUGGAGUUUAAGGCCAUUGUGAUGGAUUUUCUCCGUGACCUUAUGACCACAUUAGAUGCUCCGGUGCUCCUCCAGCUUGAGCGAGGCCAGCUUUUUGGACUCAGCCCCGAGGAAACACAACUUCUAAAGGCCCGAGUUGGGCUGCGCUGA